UGAUGCUCCAGAUCCCACCUCCCCGGGGAGCUGCGCAUUUCCGCACGCCAGGGCCGCCCCGGCCGGCCCUCUCGGCGGCAGCCCGCGUUCCUCGUACCCGGGAAGUUGUCUCCCGAGCCUGCGGCGCCUGGGUCUCCUCCCCCCGAGCCCCGCCCCCCCCGCCCAGAGCUGGGAUCUGAGAGCUGCCCGGUCCGGGGGCGUCGCCGUUUGCUCUCAGAAGCCAGCGAGUCUUCGCUUCCCUGCGUGGAGCGCACGUCCCCCGCCUGGCCGGGGACCCUUGUACACCCCCGAGACGGCGCGUGCCCAGAGCGCGGGAGCCCGGGGCGCCGGGCGCCUAGGACAUCGCGGAGCCGCUGCCCAACCCGCGGGGCUCGGCAGGGAUGCAGGCUGCGCUGUGAGCCCGGGCGCCAAGGCCAUGUCCGGCGCCCGCUGCCGGACCCUGUACCCCUUCUCCGGGGAGCGGCACGGCCAGGGGCUGCGCUUCGCCGCGGGCGAGCUGAUCACGCUGCUGCAGGUCCCGGACGGCGGUUGGUGGGAAGGCGAGAAGGAGGAUGGGCUCCGCGGCUGGUUCCCAGCGAGCUAUGUGCAGUUGUUGGAGAAGCCUGGAAUGGUCCCCCCUCCGCCAGGAGAAGAAAGCCAGACUGUUGUUCUUCCACCUGGCUGGCAAAGCUACCUGUCUCCUCAGGGGCGGCGUUACUAUGUCAACACGACCACCAAUGAGACCACCUGGGAGCGUCCCAGCAGUUCUCCUGGGAUUCCAGCCAGCCCAGGCCUUCUCAGGAGCUCUCUGCCUCCAACAGUGAAUGGAUACCACGCAUCAGGGACCCCAGCGCACCCUCCUGAGACUGCCCACAUGAGUGUCCGAAAAUCCGCCGGUGAUACCCAGAACCUGGGAUCCUCAUCACCAGGCAAAAAGCACAGCAAGGAAAACACCAUCACGAUAAACUGUGUGACAUUCCCUCACCCAGACACAAUGCCAGAGCAGCAGCUGCUGAAACCAACUGAGUGGAGCUAUUGUGACUAUUUCUGGGCUGAUAAGAAGGACCCGCAAGGCAACGGUACAGUGGCUGGGUUUGAACUGCUGCUUCAGAAACAACUGAAGGGCAAACAGAUGCAGAAGGAGAUGUCAGAAUUCAUCCGGGAGAGGAUAAAGAUUGAAGAAGACUACGCCAAGAACUUAGCUAAGCUCUCUCAGAACUCCUUGGCCGCACAGGAAGAAGGCUCCCUGGGAGAAGCAUGGGCACAGGUGAAGAAGAGCCUUGCAGAUGAGGCAGAAGUUCAUCUCAAGUUCUCCGCCAAGCUUCACAGCGAGGUAGAGAAGCCCCUGAUGAACUUCCGUGAGAACUUCAAGAAAGAUAUGAAAAAGUGUGACCACCACAUCGCCGACCUCCGCAAGCAACUCGCCAGCCGCUACGCCGCAGUGGAGAAGGCCCGGAAAGCCCUCACGGAACGGCAGAGAGACCUGGAGAUGAAGACCCAGCAGCUGGAGAUCAAGCUGAGCAACAAGACAGAGGAGGACAUCAAAAAGGCGAGGAGGAAGUCCACACAGGCUGGAGAUGACCUCAUGCGCUGUGUGGACCUCUACAACCAGGCCCAGUCCAAGUGGUUUGAAGAGAUGGUGACCACCACAUUGGAGCUGGAGCGGCUGGAGGUGGAGAGGGUGGAGAUGAUCCGGCAGCAUCUGUGCCAGUACACACAGCUGCGGCAUGAAACGGACAUGUUCAACCAAAGCACAGUCGAGCCUGUGGACCAACUGCUUCGAAAAGUGGACCCAGCCAAAGACAGGGAGCUGUGGGUUAGAGAGCACAAGACAGGCAACAUCCGCCCUGUGGACAUGGAGAUCUAGAAGGGCGCGUGCGGCCCCGGGGGUCCUGCCAAGGAGAGGGGCUGAGGGACCAAUGGAGAGGAGGUGGUGGUUCCCAUCAUGGGGCCUGCUGCUGAGUGGGGCUGCCCUCCCACCCACUCUCCUGGUCCACUGAGGAGAGGGGAGGGUGUGCUGAUUCCCCAAGAAGCUGGUUUUUCCAGUACAGCCUGGAUGGCCCUGCUGGGAGCUCCCCAGUGUUCCCAGGCCAGGAAGAUGGAUUCACAGCCCUGCUCUUGUCUCUGAGGCCGAAGCCCCCCCAGCUGCCGUGCCGUGCUUGCCGCUCCGAGAACAAACUGAGGCUGGAACUUUAUGAUCUCUACUGAGCAACAUAGGGGUCACCUCCCCACCCAGAGCCAGCUAGGUCACAUGUGUGUGCCCCUGGAAGCCCCAAAGCCCUUCCUCCGGCUGGCCCCCUUGUCUCCAGGGCUUUGAAGUGUCAGGGGAAGGACGUCUCUGUCUCCAAGCCAAGUGUCAGGAUCAGAAUUGUGGAUAGAAGUCACCAUUCAUCUGAACAGCCCACGCUCAGAAUCCUUUGCAGUCCUCUAUUUUUCCCAUUGCAUUCUGGGAGCCCACAUCCUGCUCUUCUCUGUCACGUUUCAUCAUCAAGGGUCUUGGGAAGCAGGCUUGGCUCCUGUUUUCCCAGAAUGACCCUGCCUGGAGAGGUCAGGAUGGAACUACCUCAUUCAGCAAAUUAGCCCUGAGUCAGAGCGUUGGAUUGUGUUUCCUAUUAGAGCAGGUAUCUUCUGUAAAGUCUCCUCUCUGGAAAUCCCAGUGCACCCAACCUUCAGACACUCCCUCUUCCUACCCCACCCCCUCCCAGGCCCUUAAUGGGGCUGGGUCAGUCCUGUGUGGGAGAUGGUUUGGGGCAAGUCUUUGUCAUCCCCCAGAUGCUCCACCUGCUUCUGCAUGGCUGGAUUGGAACUGCUGUCCCUUGUAUGGUUUUCUCUCACUGGUGGUCCCUGUGCAGGCACUGAAGACUCAUGUGGCCACAGUAAGUUGUCACCUACUAGGCAGUGUCCUACCACCUUGGCUUCUUAGCUCCUUUUGCACAUUCCAGAGCCUUCCACCGAGCCCUGGCUUGGUGCUGGUACCAUUGUCCCCUUUCUCCAUCUCCUGAUUCCCGGAAAAGCCUGGUCUGAGUGUGACUUAGACAGUUUUCAGGGCUGCCAUCGGUCCUUGCUUAUCACUGUCUCCCUUUCCAGUGUGAAGGGGCCAGAGAAUAAAAGGGACCUGAAGGAGGUCACACAGCUAGCCAAAGAGCCAAUUCUAGCCUGGAACCCAUGCUCUAAGAACCCAUCUUUCUCAGUUAAUCUUUCCCAUCUAUUACUUCAAAUUUACAGGACCCAUAUACUUCACAGGAGGGCAGAAUUCUAAGAGCACAACUCACUGGUGUUUUUCACAAUCUUCCAUGUCGGUAAUUGAUGACUUAUUAAUCUUGAAUCUUUUGCACUUCUUUCAUUGUCAGAAUUACUCUCUCUUAGUUCAUGGUAGAAAGAUGUUAAAUAUAUACUAAAGCAAAUCAAAUUUUGUCAGUUUUCUUUUCUUACUUGAAGCAUCCCGGUCAAAAAGGUCAAUGUGAGGGAAGGCCUUAACCAACUUAAAGGUCAUUAGAAUGGAUCUGUCCAUGGCAUGGAGAACCACUCCUUCUACAUUGGGAGUUUGGCCAUGGUACCAGCUACCAAUUUUAAGAUACGAUUUCUUGGUUUCUUUACUGAAAAUGGGUGCUAGUAGUAAUUGCUUAGUAAACUAAUUUGUGGAUGAUUUUGAAAUAUUCAAAGCCAAUAGCCUUGUUAUUAACACAGAUAUUUUGAGUGGAUAUGGCUCGUUGAUGUUUGUCUUCUCAUUCCCAUCUGAGGAUUCCCUGGGACAGACGGAGCUCUUGCCUUUUCCAGGGUAGCCCGAGUUGGCCCAUUGUGGGCCAGUCUGUUUUCUGAAGUUGUUCUUUCCCUCUCAGUCCCUUACCUCAGCCUCGAUACCUUCCUCAUAUACUCCUUUUCUGUGUUUCUUUACUCCUUUAUUCAUUCGUCAAGUAUUUAGCUAAGGCCAAGCAUUGUGCUAAGAUCUGAGGGCAAGAUGUGGCCCUGUGAGCAGGGAAGUCCACAAUGUCUUAUUUUGUAUAGACUGAUCUUUUCUCCGGGGGUCUUACAUACAAGUACUCCGUGCAGAAUUUAGGUUUUCAGAGAUGCUCUUAUGUUGUGCUGAUAGAUCUGCAUUUAUUCAUUCAUUCUUUUACUCAGCAGAUACUUGGCACACAAGACAGGCACGCUCCCCGGUCCCCUCUAUUUUCCAUGUAGAUGGGACUAUUUAGACCUUUCUGGAAAAGGAGAACAUGGCGUCCCUUCCACAUUUAACCCACUGGGAGCCUGUAAUUACAAUAUAAGCGACCACCAUGCAGCAUUUACACACUGGGUCAAAGGUAGACAGCAUCAAGGAUUCAAUCACCUGGUCACGAGACUCUCACAGCCCAUAUCCAACUCGAAUUUCCAAGAUUUUUGUUUUGUUUUAAAUAACUCUCCUUACUUUACAAAGAGGAAGAAGGAAGCCCAAGCGUGGCCAGUAAGUGCUGUGAGAUGAACACAGGGAAUGAGGAGCAGGACUGGAGCCGAGAGUCCAGGCCCUCUGUCCCUGUUAACAGGGCCCCCCAGUGGGUCAAGUCAAGUUCAGGAUGAAGUCUAGAGUAUCUAAAAGUGCGCUCUGGGUAGGUUGUUGUGUUGUUCUGUUUUUGUUUAUGUUUCGGUGUUUAGGUUAUAAGAGGAUUUGGCUGGGUUUGUUCAGAGUGGGUGAGUCUGGGUUAUUCUUGAGCACAUCCAUUGUUCCAUGUUUGAAAUCAGGUGAGCGCUUGCUACUUGCCUCCACCUGGGAGACACAGAUGCACUUAGUUUUGUCUGUGAAAACCUGAUUUUAAGAAAAAUAUAUCUCUAAGACACAUGGUAUUCCCAGUGAGCUGGUUGCCACAACAACCUCCAAGAAAAGCCACUGUUCCUCUCUAGUUUUUCUAGUGCUUUGGAUCAGUAUUGCAAAGCACUGGCCAGCUGAACCACAGGGAUGGCUGUCCUGAGGUUCUGCCAGCGGAAUCACUCAGGGCCUUCUUUCCACCUCCACCCAAUGCCUGUGGGGCAGAAGGACUUCUGCAGUACGAGGCGCUUUGCUCGUUGGGGCUGGCCAGUGGCUGAAGCAAACAGAAAGUGUGCACACUCAUAAACCAGGGGUUUAUUUCUAUUCCCUUUGUGAAACCAAUUACUAGAUUUAGUGGGUGGGUGCAUACAUACCUUGCCUGAGCCAAAGUCCCUUCUUGGAAAUACAAGCCAUAAAAUUCAAAGGACGUCAAAGACCUCGGCUUGUUUAAAUGAUUUUACUUCCAGCUGUGAGCGGCCUCGACAAGGAGAGUUUACACAGGAUUCUGCAGUCCCGCUGGUUACUAUGUAGGUAGGGAAAGCACUUUGCAAAUGUUAAGUGGGGUACAGGUCAGUCGCAUGCUUACUUAGCCAGCACACCAUUUUAUUCCCAUAACCCAGCCCUCCCCUACAAGACACACUGCCUUUUCUUUUUCCAGGUUUAUUGAGGUAUUUAACAUACAGUGUAAGAGUUUAUAGACAUACAGUAAAAUUCACCCUUUUGAAGUAUUCUGUUCUGUGAAUUUGACAAAUGUAUAAAACCACGUUAACAACCACCCAAAUCAACAUAGUAUUUCCAUCACUGCAAAAAUUCUCCCAGACCCCUCUGUAGUCAAUCUAUUCCUCCCACCCCCGGCCCCUGGUAACCACUGAUUGAUUUUCCGACCCUAUAGUUUUGUCUUUCCUUGAACAUCCUAUAAAUGGAGUCAUACUACGUAGCUUUUGAGUCUGGUUUUUCUACCCAGCUGAGUGUGGUUGGGUCACCCAUGUAGUUGUAUGUCCAUAAUUUCUUCCCUUGUGUUGCCGCGCAGUGUUCCGUUGCAUGGGUGUACCACACUGCUUCCUUGCUGUUAAAGUGAGUUGUCUGCCCCAGAAGUUCCUGUUCUGGGGUCUUCAGCUUGUUUGCAUGGCUGCUUCUAGCCUGCUUCCUGUGGCUCACAAGCCUACUCCAAACGCCAGCUGUGCCCACGGGCAGUUCUCGGGGCUCACACUUGCCUUUUUGGUUCAUGUUAGGAUUUGACAAUGCAGAAAGCUGCAAGGAUUUGGGGAAGAGGGUGAGCAGGGCCCAGUUGCCUUCCACUGCCCGGAAGUUUGCAUCUCAACUAGCAGAUCCAUUUCCUCCUGGGAACCCUCAUGGCAGCUCACAUCGUCCUUGGCAUUCACUGAGCAUUUGGGAUGUGGAAGGCACACGGAUAUAGCAUGGAUGAGAAGGCACGGGGUGGCCUUGGGUUUAUCACGACCCUUUCCUGGGUCUCUUGAUUCAUCUGCAAACUGAAGGUAUUUGUUCUAGAAGGUCACUUAGGCCUCCUCCGGUCCCUGCAUUAUCUCCUCUCCGUCUCAUUUCCAAUUUUAUACCCUAUGCACAUGGUCAUACCCACUCUGGGUCCCAUCAGCACAGUUGUGCGUGGUGUUGCCUGAAAUCUUCAUGAGAGGGAUACCCUGGCAUGUCUCCAUGGAGACACAAAUGAAGCUAAAAUUAAGAGCUGUUGAGGCACAAAUGAGGCAGCUCCUCUUAGGACCGCCCAUGGUGACGACUCCUCCAAGCCGUGUCUUGAUCAUGCCCUGUUCAGUGACAGGUUGAGCUCUGGAAGGCAACCAGGCACCUCUCCAAGCAAAACCUGAGUCCUGGCCGGGCGAAGGUCAGGAAUGGGGAGCCCUGGCCCACAGGGUCCCGUGGCGGGGAGCCAAGGAUCUAUGCUGCUGGGAUGAUUCUGGGCUGAAUUUUGCCAGGGAGGACUCUCAUCAUCCCCCUCUCCCCAGGAGUUUUAUUCCUGUCAGGUCUUUUCCAAAGGUGAGGGACCCGAUUACUGUUUUAGCAGGUUUGACUAAGAAUAAGACCUGUGACAAAAAAGCAAUGUUCCAUUCUCCCUCUAGAUGGGAGGGUGAGGCUCUUUCCGGAGCCUUUGUUGGGAGGUGCCUCUGAGGGAGAGGGGUUGUGACCACCCUCAAUGUCUCUGCGCUAUUCAGGAGACAUUGACCCUUUGUGUUUCAGGGACAUUUCUAACGGGAUUGCAGUGGUAGAAUGCAAAGGGUCUGGCACAUGGGUGCUCUAAUGGGGUGGGUGUGACACAGGGACGGAGAGGGAAAACGUAUGUACCAGGGCAAGAGCACUGGACCGAGCCCACUCUGCUGUCUCAUUUAUCUCAUAACCUGAAGUCACGUCCCCUCCCAGGACCUCUGUGGACUCAUCUGUCAAGUGGAGACUCCCCUCUUCCAGCAUCACAUGCAGCAGACCGGUUUUCAGGAGCUGUGGCCUCCAGGCAGCCAUGUGGACCCAGGGAGAGACGUCCAAAGGGACACCAGCCCCAAAUUUACAUCUCUGCCCUUCCCUUGGGAAGGAGAACAUGGGAUGGGAGCUGGGGGCAGUCCUUCACAGACACGAGCACAUCAGCAAAUCCUAUGAAAGUGGAAUUUUCUAACAAAAUAAACUUGCUUGUUUGGUCUGUUUUCUGUAACUUUUGCUAAAUACUUUAUACAUUUUUAAUGUUAAAAAGCUGUGUCUCCUGCCAGCA